GAGCCUUGCAAACAAGUGUCUGUGCGGUGUCCCCGCGGCCCUCCUCGCGCCGGGGCCGCUUCCUCCGGGUAGGAGGGAGCAAGGGAGCCCUCGCCGCGCGGCCCGCGAGCCGCCGCCGCCCUCGGCCCGCGCAUCCCGCGCGGGGUCCGCGGACUCGACUAGGCUGCCAGGCGCAGUGACACCGGGUCGCGGUGCGAGCGGCGCCCCGGCUCUCGCCGAGAGGCUCCUGACAGAAAAACGUGCGUGGUUGUCCCCACCCCUGGGAGGGGUUGCCGGUGCCGCGCGCGGCCGCCCAGUCGCCAGCGCUCUCUCCUGGGAAGAUCCGCUGCCGGAGGAAGGAGUGGACCCAACCUGGCCGCGGCGCAGAAGUGGCUCCCGAGGAAGCCGGCGCCGGGGCCGCCGCCUCGUGUCCCCUCGGGGCGCAGUGCUCUGGGGUCGGCGGGCCGGAGCCGAGGCGCGGCCGGGGAGCCUGGGGCUGCGGGGCCGAGCGGGCAGCCGCGCGAGGGGGCGGGCGCUCGGCUACCCGGGGGCCGGCCGGGCUGAGCCCCGCGCCCCGGGACGCGGGCUGGAAGCGACGGAGGAGCGCUGCCGCGGGCUGCGGACCAGCGCUGUCCCCUCACGGAGCGGGGCUUCUGCUAUGACAGUUGGGCUCCCCGGAGGGUUAACCUGGGUGUCCUCGGCAAAGUUGUCGCCGAGCCGGGAGCCCGUGUAGGGGCCGCGGCGCCGCGGCUCGGGGGGCGGCCGGGCGGCCGGCGGCGGUCGUGGCUCGGCGGGGCCCGCGCGGCCGGGGGGCUCCUGGGGGUGUGCGCCCCCAGCCGGCUGCCCUCGUGGAUGCCUCCCGGCGGCGGCGGGCCCAUGAAAGACUGCGAGUACAGCCAGAUCAGCACCCACAGCUCCUCCCCCAUGGAGUCGCCCCACAAAAAGAAGAAAAUCGCGGCCCGGAGGAAAUGGGAGGUGUUCCCGGGAAGAAACAAGUUCUUCUGCAACGGGAGGAUCAUGAUGGCCCGGCAGACGGGCGUCUUCUACCUGACGCUCGUCCUUAUCCUGGUCACUAGCGGACUCUUCUUCGCCUUCGACUGUCCCUACCUGGCGGUGAAAAUCACCCCUGCCAUCCCUGCAGUCGCUGGCAUCCUGUUCUUCUUUGUGAUGGGGACCCUGCUCCGCACCAGCUUCAGCGACCCUGGAGUCCUCCCACGAGCCACGCCUGAUGAAGCUGCUGAUCUGGAAAGGCAAAUAGAUAUCGCAAACGGCACCAGUUCAGGGGGGUACCGCCCGCCUCCCAGAACCAAAGAAGUCAUCAUCAAUGGCCAGACCGUGAAACUUAAAUACUGUUUCACCUGCAAGAUUUUCCGGCCCCCUCGCGCCUCCCAUUGCAGCCUUUGUGAUAACUGCGUAGAACGGUUUGAUCACCACUGUCCCUGGGUAGGCAACUGUGUGGGGAAAAGAAACUACAGAUUUUUUUAUAUGUUUAUUUUAUCUCUGUCUUUUCUGACAGUCUUUAUAUUUGCAUUCGUUAUCACCCACGUCAUUCUUCGUUCACAGCAAACAGGAUUCCUAAAUGCCAUUAAGGACAGUCCUGCAAGUGUCCUGGAGGCUGUGGUGUGCUUCUUCUCUGUCUGGUCCAUCGUUGGCCUCUCAGGAUUCCACACCUACUUGAUCAGCUCCAACCAGACGACAAAUGAGGACAUUAAAGGAUCCUGGUCAAAUAAAAGAGGUAAAGAAAAUUACAAUCCCUACAGCUACGGAAAUAUCUUUACCAACUGCUGUGUUGCCCUGUGUGGGCCCAUCUCACCAAGCCUAAUUGACAGAAGAGGGUACAUCCAGCCCGACACACCGCAGCCAGCAGCACCCUCCAAUGGCAUCACGAUGUACGGGGCCACGCAGUCACAGAGUGACAUGGCCGCGGCCACGCCCCUGCUGCAGAGCGAGCCCAGCCUCACCAGCGACGAGCUGCACCUGCCCGGGAAGCCCGGCCUGGGCACGCCCUGCGCCAGCCUCACACUGGGCCCGCCCACACCGCCCGCCUCCAUGCCCAACCUCGCCGAGGCCACGCUCGCGGACGUGAUGCCCCGGAAAGAUGAGCACAUGGGCCACCAGUUCCUGACGCCUGAUGAGGCGCCUUCGCCCCCCAGGCUGCUGGCGGCGGGCAGCCCCCUGGCGCACAGCCGCACCAUGCACGUGCUGGGCCUGGCCAGCCAGGACUCCCUGCACGAGGACUCUGUGCGCGGCCUGGUGAAGCUCAGCUCCGUGUGACUCGCGUGGCCCCGGGCCGGCGGGCACCAGAGGCUCCUCCACGGGCAGCAGGAGUGAGCGGAGGGGUGUGCCCCACAGCGACUUUCCCAGCCAAUGCCAUGGUGGAGAUGACAGCCCCAGGUCUGGGGUACAGAGACCACUUAGGAUGGCACAGGGCAGCCGGCCCCGGAUGCUGAGAGCUUGGUUUCAUUUGAAUUUUCUUCCCCAACCUGAGUGCUUUGACAACAAUGGAAAUAGAGAAGUGGCUGCUUUCUUUUGGUGACCCUCCAGGGGUGGAAUCGGAAUGUAUCUGCCCGCCCUUGUGACAGACACACGGAAGGCUUCUGAUGCUUGUGGCCAGACUGCAAUUGCACUUACGUGUUAUGCUACUAAUAUUUGAAACAGACCUGCCAUUCCAUUUGUUAAUUAAAAAAAAAAAAUCCUAAAGGGAAAAAACCGACCAGGUGUGGAUCUGCAUGCCACGCUGCCAUCUGUGUUACAGUGGUGUUGCUAUUUCCAAGGAAGUGCUGCUUUCUUUUUCUUUAAUUUUUUAAUUUUGUGAAUUUUUAAGUGCUGUUUUGUUGGAAGACAGUGCAACGAACCGAGACUAAUGGACAGUGUCAUCACUCAGCUUACUGGGCUGAGGCGUCUGUGGAGAGGUGGCACUGGGGCUGCAGAGGGCGGCUGGGGUUCCGUCGUGUCAGGUGUCACUUCACCUUCUGUUUGGCCACUCGAUGAGGUCUCGUGUUGAGGUAUUGUGUGGCGCCCCCCCACAGUCUUCACCUCCGUGUGUGAUGAAACUUCCCGUGGACAGCCAAUAAAAUGACGUCCUCUGUUAUUUUGGAUCUGUGUACGGUUAUCCUUAAUAGCAUAAAUGAAAACAAAACCAUCGGGAUGGGGAGAGUUUUUCUUGAAAUAUCCGUAGUGAGGAAUGGUCCCCAAAUAACCAAAAGUCAAAUCUUUGAACUGGGAGAUAUUUAUAGAAUGAUUUCUUAGAUGAGAGGCGAGCUUUCCAUCAUUUUUUUUUCUUUAUCUCUUUUUGACACCAUCUUAGUGGAAUUUGCUAUACGUUUGCGGUUUGUCGCACAACAGUUGAUCGGAAGUAGGGAGAGGGGAGGGGACACUCAGGGAGAAGGGGUUCUGUCGGGCGUCUUCCGGGCUUCCUUCCGUGUUAAUGUGUCACUCAAUCCCAGAAGUGCAACUUGAGGUCCUAGUAAAGGUAUCAGAAAAUGAGGAGGAGAAAUCGGCUUACAGUUUAGGCGGAGAUUAUGUAGGUCAUCAUCCUUCCCUAGACACUAAUCAGAAUGAAAUUAAGAAAAUGACCACUUUGUUCACUUUCACUGGUCACCUAGAAGGGAACGAACUGGCUCUGGACUUAGGGAGCGUGUCACUAUGGAGGCAGCCGCAGGGGACACAGCAACUCCUCUCCUGACUUCUUUCCAGACCAUAAAUCUAACAGCUAAAGCUACUCAAGUUCAAAGCCAUGGCCUUGCUCCUUAUAACCAUAUGAAAGACAAGGCACACUGACCACUGAUACAAGUAACCCCAAAUGAUUUGCAUUUAUGGAAAAAGACUUUCUCCUGAGAAAGAGUUGCCAUUUUACAUGAAAGAAAAGAAGAUAGGAAACAGAAAAGCACACAAGUUUUAUUUGGAAUGAAGGCAAUUCACAGGUCACAAAAUAAUUCAUGCUGAAAAGGCCUGCAGAGUUCUUGCACUGUGACAUCUUCGAGCCAUCUUUAUUGUCACGCUGCGUGCACGUAUAGAAAAUGGAAUAGGUCCAUUCUAUGUAGCCAUUUUUGAUUUUCUGAACCACCUAACUACUGGUACCCACCUGCAAUUUGUAAUUCAUGAGGCAGUGCCCUCCUUACACAACCGCACACGCUCACAGGCACCAACUCACAGGAAUUCUCCUCAUCCACGCUACCUGUGAGCCCAAAGUGACAGCCCCACAAAGGAGCUUCCACAACUUCCCAAACCAUCUCUGCUCCUUGCCUCCUUCCACCUGCUCCUCAGAGGCCCCAGGAAGGAGUUGGCCCUGAUGAGAACGGUGCUCCAUGGGUGACCGCGAAUCCGGCUCAGCCCUCACUCCGGUCCCACGUGUGGCCCAGUCCAUUCCCAGCUCGUUCCCCUGGAAAGCAAGAUCAUGGUCUUCAAAGGCCUCCCGCUUCUAACAUUUCCUAACUCAGUGGUUGCUGCUUUCCUGUGACCAGCCCUUCUUCCCACCUCACUAUGAAAAUUUCCCAGAAGCCGGGAUCACGACUCAUUUGUCUUCACAUAAUGGAUAUUUACUUAAUAUUUAUUAUCAAUUUCCCCACCUCCAACCCUGUCCCUGGUACACACUUGGCAUCAUUUAUCCAAUAGGGGAUUGGGAAUUUUGGUGAAAUGAAUCAAGGCUAUUCAGUGUCAAGAGGGAGAUUAACUUGAAUGGGUCAAUUUGCUAGAUAAUUAAUGUCUUAAAAACCAAAACCAGAGAGAAGCCGACAGCCCUGUCCUCUGUGGCUCGAAAAAGAAACCCAGCGUCAGAGGAAUGAGCAAUGAUGUCCCCCGGGGCGCCCACUUCUGUUAGGCAGGAGGGAUGGUCAGAGGGGCGGCUCACCUGGCGAGGUGAUGGCUCUGCAUUUCCCAUGAACAUAUAUGUGACAUGUACAUAAAUAUAUAUACUUAUGUUUAUAAAUGUUGAAUGGUUCCUUCUAGCUGUGGCUGAGUAGACGUUGGUGUUUCUAACUUCUCUCAGUGUGUUAGCGAUUGAUUACAUGCUAGCUAUAAAAAGUAAAAUAAAUAUUUUACCAUGCUAUUAAAGCUUGGAGCAUUAUCAAACACACACAAACACACACUCAUUCUGCUGUUUAAAAAUUCAUCUGCGUUCAUUCUCCCAGGAGUGCUCCAGGGAACCACAGGCUUCCGGGCACUUGAAGGCUGAACUGAGCGUGAGUGCCCUGGGCCCCAGGAAGCAGGGGGAUGCUGCAGGAAGGCAGCACACAGCCUGCAUCCGGGAGGGCCCCAGGAAGCAGGGGGAUGCUGCAGGAAGGCGGCAGACAGCCUGCAUCCAGGAGGGCACAGUGACCUGUCACUCUGUUCUGCAGAAAUUGGCCCAGCAAUUGCGUUAUGCCCAAUCAAAAGAGGCUCAUUCCAGCUUUCAAAUGUGAUGAUUUCAGCCUGUGAGGACAAUGCCAUGUCCCCACCCUAAGCCAGCAAAAUGCGAAAUCUCUGUUCUGGCCCAGAAUGGCACAAGGGAGGAGUCUUUUCAGAGUUCCACACCACCCCCCAGCUUACUGCGGCCUUCACCUGCUCUGUCUAGGAUUGCCAGCUGUGGUUCCAAGUGAGGAGCAAACCCAUUUUAUGAGCCCUGUUCCUGUGGAGACCUGAUGGGCCAGGCCCUCUGUGGCUUUGAAAACUCCCAAGCUCUUCACUGCCUGGGCCUUCUUGUCUGACUCAACAGCAAGAAAAAUGAACUUGCCAAAAUUGGCAGUAGGUGUCCUUGACACAGGGGCUUGUGAUGGCAUCACCCAGAAAAUGCUGGAACCAGAACUGGUCAGAGGCUUUGAAGGGCACAGCCUGGCAGGCUACUCCCCGAGGGUCUCAGGUCUCUGCCCACCCCACUACCCUGCAGCAAACGCUUCUCUGUAACCUGACUUCUCGCUUCAGACCUCAGCCUACAACCAUCCUCUUCGUGCCAGGAACCAACUGCUUCUCAGCCUCGGCUUAGGGUCUUGAGUUCACUGGAAGGGAUCAGGGAUUUGCAUUAAUAUUAUAAGGAAUCUUCCUAGAAGGAGUUGCCCUUCAUUCAUCCACAAGAAUACAUUGAGUUCAUUUAGUUCUUGACCAGGUAAGAAAAGAAUAGAGGAGAACAAAUAUUAAAUACUCUUUUCUAAUUAAUGCCUUACUACUGUUUUGAAGCUGAGCCGAAAUCAAACCGAUGUUUACAUUUUCUAUCAAGUACACAUGAGCUGUGGGAGUCUAGCAUAUUCUUGUCCAAAAGAGAGACUUUCAAGUGAAUUCGUAUUCCUCCCGGUCCCCUCCACCUAUUCUGGAGAUCUGCGUGUGGUGUUGUAUGCUGUUUUCCAAGGUACCUCAUUAAAAAAAAAAAA